CAUGCAUGAUUUUAUUUUACCUGUGACAUCAGGUGAAGAAAAUAAAGCUACCCUCCUUGAACUUGGAGCUGUGGAACCCUUAACUAAACUGCUCACCCAUGAAGACAAAAUUGUAAGAAGAAAUGCCACUAUGAUAUUUGGAAUCCUGGCUUCUAACAAUGAUGUUAAAAAAUUGUUAAGGGAGUUAGAUGUCAUGAAUUCCAUCAUUGCUCAGCUUGCUCCAGAAGAGGAAGUGGUUAUCCAUGAGUUUGCCAGUCUUUGCCUGGCGAACAUGUCUGCAGAGUAUACCGGCAAAGUGCAAAUAUUUGAGCAUGGUGGGUUAGAGCCACUCAUCAGACUGCUGGCCAGCCCAGACCCUGACGUGAAGAAGAACUCUAUUGAGUGCAUUUACAACUUGGUCCAGGAUUUUCAGUGUCGAGCUACACUUCAAGAUCUAAAUGCAGUCCCCCCUAUAUUAGAUCUCUUGAAGUCAGAAUAUCCAAUUAUUCAAUUGUUGGCUCUCAAAACCUUAGGUGUUAUUACAAAUGAUAAGGAGGCACGGGCAAUGCUAAGAGACAAUCAAGGAGUGGACCACCUUAUUAAAAUCCUAGAAACUAAGGAAUUGAAUGACCUUCAUAUAGAAGCACUUUCUGUGAUAGCAAAUUGCCUUGAAGAUAUGGAUACUUUGGUGCUCAUUCAGCAGACAGGGGGUCUUAAGAAGCUCCUCUCAUUUGCAGAAAACUCUACAAUUCCUGAUAUUCAGAAGAAUGCAGCAAAAGCAAUAACUAAAGCAGCUUAUGAUCCUGAAAAUAGAAAACUCUUUCACGAACAAGAGGUCGAAAAAUGCCUUGUGGCCCUUUUGGGUUCUGAAAAUGAUGGAACGAAAAUUGCUGCCUCCCAAGCUAUUUCGGUGAUGUGUGAGAAUUCAGGCAGCAAAGAAUUUUUCAAUAAUCAGGGGAUUCCACAGUUAAUUCAGUCGCUCAGGAGUGACAGUGAAGAAGUAAGGGAAGCCGCGGCCCUCGCCCUAGCUAAUCUGACCACAUGCAACACGGCAAAUGCAAAUGCUGCUGCUGAAGCUGAUGGUAUUGAUCCAUUAAUAAACAUCCUGUCCAGUAAACGAGAUGGAGCCAUUUCCAACGCUGCUACAGUAUUAGCGAACAUGGCAAUGCAGGAGCCCCUUCGUGUGAGCAUACAGAACCACGAUGUCAUGCACGCCCUCAUCAGCCCACUCCAUUCUGCAAACACAAUCGUGCAGAGCAAAGCGGCUCUCAUGGUGGCUGCAACCGCAUGCGAUGUUGAGGCCCGGACAGAGUUAAGAAAUUCAGGCGGCCUGGAGCCGCUGGUGGAGCUCCUGCGCUCUAAGAAUGCAGAAGUGAGAAGGCACGCCAGCUGGGCCGUGAUGGUCUGCGCCAACGAUGAGCUGAUGGCUGUUGAAUUAUGCAGGCUUGGGGCUUUAGAUAUCCUUGAAGAAGUUAAUCUAUCAGUAAGUCGAAAAAAUAAAUUCAGUGAGGCAGCUUAUAACAAAUUGCUCAACAACUACCUGUCUCUGAAAUAUAGCCUGACUGGCUAUUUGUCAUCAAGUAACAUAAUUAGUGACGGAUUCUAUGAUUACGGUCAGAUAAAUCCCGGCACCAAACUUUUGCCUUUGAAGGAUCUCUGCUUACAAGAACCAAGUGAUCUACGUGCUGUACUCUUAGUUAACAGUAAAUCUGACGUUUCUCCACCUCCAUCUAUGGAAGAUAAGUCAUCAGAUAUUGGUUAUGGACGGAGUAUUUCUUCCUCAUCUUCUUUAAGAAGAGCAAGCAAAGAAAAGACAAAAACAAAUAGUUUUCAUUUUAGUACUGGAUUUGGAUCUCCCACAGAAGACAAAUCGGAACCUACUUCUGGACGAAAUACUGCUCUUAGCAAAAGCACCACGAAGGAGAAAGGAUCAAGGAAAGGCCGAGGGAAAAAAGAAGAGGAAAAAGUGAAGGAGGAAGAGGAGGUUGCAACAGCCCCAAAAUUGGCUGGAGAAGGGAGCCCCGAUAAAGAAUGGUACCCUCCCUCCGACCCGGACUUCUGUGUUUAUGUAUAUGAAGUGACCAAGUCAAUAUUUCCUAUAACCAAUAUUAAGGAGCAGAUUGAGGCUCUUGCAAAGUAUGUGGCAGAAAAAAUGGGCGGUAAAGUUUCAAAAGAGAAACUACAUGAUUUCAGCUGGGAACUUCAUAUAAGUGAACUAAAAUUUCAACUCAAAUCCAAUGUUAUACCAAUUGGACUGAUCAAAAAAGGAAUCUUCUACCAUCGAGCUUUGCUUUUCAAGGCGCUGGCUGAUAAAAUUGGCAUCGGCUGCUCUCUGGUUCGUGGGGAGUAUGGCAGAGCCUGGAAUGAAGUUAAGUUGAUGAAUGAAUCUCGUAAGGGACUGAUUGGGGCUCUCCCUCCCCCUGAGGUGUAUAUCGUUGACCUCAUGUUCCAUCCAGGCGCGUUGAUGAAGUUAAGAAGUAAAGAGGCAGAUCUUUACAGAUAUCUCUAAGCUAUCAAGUGAACAAAAAGGGGUUCACACAAGAAGUGCAUUAUAUACACUUCUUAAGAAGUUCACCAAUUGAUUUUAUUUCUUUAAAUAAAAGUAUUAGA